UGAGUCAGUGCUGCUGAGAGCAGAGCGGCCACAGAAACAGCAGCAGCAGCGAGACACUUUUCAUUCUCACGAGCACCAACAACACAGAAGAGCAGCAUGGGAAAACUGAGCGACUGAGCAAGAGGAGGAAGUGACACAGUCGUAUUGAAAGAGAGACAAACCGAUCGACAGCCCCUUUGUCAACAGCCGCCUCUUCUUGCUGUCGUGUCACCGACUUGGCAUUUUGAUUGAUUACUCUUAACUUAUCCAGAGGAGGAAGAAUUGUGUUGAACAUCUGACGUGGCCUCAGGUUUAGGAGUUAACACAUUGCAGAGAUGUCCUGGUUGUCUCCAGUCCAGUGGGCCAAAUGGACAUGGUCAGCAGUGUCAGGGAGUCCAGGAGAGGCUGGGAAGGAUGAUGGAGAGGACAAUUCGGACACGGAGGGGAACUUUGAGACUCCAGAGGCUGAGUCCCCAUGUGUUGUGAACCUACUGAGUCAACUUGACAACUCCAACCGCACAGCUCUUCCUGAUGUUUCAAACCACUCUCCGGACAAGAACUCCAACACAGACAUCGCUCCAGUUCAUUCCCUGAACAACCUCACCAGAGAUUCACCAAACAAAAGCAGUUUCAGUUUAGAUCAGAACCUUAAUUUAAAUCUAAGCACGAAACCAAGUGCAGUGGAGAGCUCUUCUCCAUCCACACCUCGUUCCCAGCCUCAAGCCAUCCGCCCACCUUCGCUGCCUGUCGUCUCCUCACUGAACAAACCAGAUCCAACGGAGGUGGAUGACAAGGCUCCGGUGACAUCUGACUCCAGCCCCGACACAAACUCGAGCCUCAGUCAUGACAUUUGUGUGGACUCUGAUUUGCUCAAUGGCAACACAAAUGUUUGUAUGCUGUCAAAUGAAAAACUCACCGGUGAGACAAACAACACCAUAAUCACGAACUCCUGCAAAGUGAAGCAGAGCCUGCCGAUGCAAACUGAAUUCAGUGGACAGGACGACGACUGUGGAGGCCACGCCACAGAUGAGGAGAAGCUGGCGAGCAGCGUGACUGACUGUCAUGUGACAUCCAAACCUGAGGACUCUGACUGCUGCUCUGUGACGUAUGAGGACACGUGCCAACUGAAGAACACAGCAAGGGGAAGUGAGAUGCAGAAAACAGGAAGUCAGGUCCUGGACUCCAUCUGCAUUAGUGAGACAGAGAAGCAAGCUGUUCUCACCCUCAUCAGGGAGGAGAUCAUCACUAAAGAGGUGGAAGCCAAUGACUGGAAGAAGAAAUAUGAAGAUUGCAAACAUGAAGUGAAUGAGAUGAGUAAGGUUGUAGCAGAGUAUGAGAAGACAAUCGCUCACAUGAUCGAGGACGAGCAGCGCUGCAGUGCAAACACCCAGAAGGCUUUGCAUGAUGUGAUGAUGGAGAAGGAAGCCGCCCUGGCAGACCUGAACUCGGUGGAGCGCUCUCUGUCGGACAUGUUUCGGCGUUAUGAAAAUAUGAAGAGCACCCUGGAGGGUUUUAAGAGAAAUGAAGAGAUACUGAAAAGGUCUGCUCAGGAAUAUCUGGCCAGAGUCAAACAGGAGGAGCACAGAUACCAGACACUUAAAAUCCACGCUGAGGAGAAACUCGACAAGGCCAUCGAGGAGCUCGCUCAGGUACGGUCAAAGUCGAGCUCGGAGAACAUGGCGCUGAAUGCCGGCCUGAGGAAGGAGCAGAUCAAGAACGACUCUCUUGAACAAGCUCUGCAGCAGAAGAACAUGGAAAUGGAGGAACUGACAAAGAUCUGUAACGAGCUGAUUGCCCGAAUGGGAAAAAUAGACUGAGAGACUCUUGAAUCUGAACCGUCGCUCUGAUCCUGCCUACACUGACACCGUGUGCAUGUGCCCAGCCAAGAUACUGCUCUUAAACCCUGUGCGAGUUCUGCGUCACAUAGACCGCUUGUGUACAAAUCUCUGCAGUAACUUUGUCUGUACUAUUGUUGCACUACUUGAGACUAGAAUCAGAAAGGUUCCGUAAAUGCUACAUAUUGUUUGGACUUUCUUUUGGUCACUCUGUUUGCUUUUAUUGCCCUUGAUGAGGUCACCUGGACCCCUCGCGCUUUCGACCAGCAAACAACAACCUGCUCGUGACUCAACUUUAAAUACCCUGCAGCUUAACGGCUAAAUUCCUAGCAAAUGCUCAAGCAGGAUGACAUCAGACCUAACGCAGGCCGCAGUUGUUUCAGACUUUCAGCUUGAGUUUAUGCUACAACCCAUAACAUAUAUUGUUUUCUAGGAUGUAAACAAGGAGUGCAUUGUGAAAGAGAGAAGCUCAGGCUUGUUGUGUACAGCAGACUGAGGUCAGAGUUAAAAGUCAAGCUGAAGGAAUGGAGUUACGGUUGUUUGAGAAGUACAUGAGUCCUCUGGGACCUUGGUUUGGUCAAGACUGACUCUGAAACUCAGAGGGAAUCUGGACCACAACUAAACUAGAGGACCACUCAGAUUCCCACAGUGUCAAUAAACUAUGACCUACAUCCCUAAAAUAUUUAAAAUCCAUCCCAUUUGAGUGAUGUCGAAGAACAUAACCACCUUGGCAAGAGGUAAUAUUUCACUGCAUUGGCUUUAGCUGAUUCCAUACACUUAAAGUAGCUGCAUUAACAGAGAAAUAUGACAAUCAUAGACUUCUCCUCUGCCUCUGUGUAACAUUGUGGCGUCGUCUUGAAUGACAAAGUCAAUACAGAGGAAACUUUAUCCUGACGUUUGAACAGGCCCAUGUUAUCCUGAACAACUGGAACUAGCUCCAACCUAGUGACACUGUAUUUUUGUGAAAGAUAUAACGUUUAUUAGCAUGUGCUGCAAUAGGUCAGAUAUUUUUUUAAAAACUGUUAAAAACUAUUUUAUCGUGUUUCCACUAUAUUCAAAAUGUACUUCAGAUUAGGAAACUAAGAGUUUGACUUUUUUUUCCUGUUGCUUAUUUGUGAUGAAGUUUUGAACAGAUUAGCCACCAGUGGUUCACUAAAUACAACUGGUGGCUAAUCCAAAACAGUUUCUUUCAUGGUUAUUUGAAGGUUGUUUUUUUUUAAAUCCCCACUGUAGUUUUACUGAAGUUCAGCACAGAGUUUAAGGAAUGACCUGGAUGUUGUGAUGUAACUGGGUAUUAAUAAUAUUUCACAAGUAUUGGUACUGUCGAAACAAAAACCUUCCUUUCUUUUUUAAAAAAAAAGAAGAAAAGAAAUGUUUGCUUUUUCUUGAAGGCUUAACCCUAAACUAUCAUUUACCUCAUUAUAAUACAGUAUAUAAUUCACAAAGCUUUGACUUAUAUGGAGCUGCAUUGGAUUAAACAAGUGAAACAGAUUUUACGUUUCAUCACCGGUUAUGUCAGAGUCAGUCAUUAUUAAAGGAGAAACCCACUAGUGUGCCACAUGUUUUGUAUUUGUGCCACUCUAACGUCACAUCUCACCAUUGUUCUAUGAAAUGAUGUUUAUUCAGGACUAGCGGUGAGUGUUUGUACAUUUGCUUGAACAAACAUAAAGAUUAAUUUGUUGUAUAGUAA